AUGAUCGUGGUGGACCCUAAAGUCAGUGGCCGGUUCUGGCACCGUGCGCCGUGCGUGUAUCUCGGCGAGCGAGGACCCCAACCCUUCUCCCCCUCGGUAAAAACACGCACAGCACCCUGCGAAAGCCCUCUUCCUCCUCCGUCGCCGCCGCCACUCCCCCUCUCCUCCACCACCGCCGCUCGCCGCCGACUCCGCCGCAGCAGGGGCUGCUGCAUGACGCCUCUGCCCCACCGACAGUCGGCGACGUCCGCGCCUGUCGCCGCCGCGGCCGAGAUGGUGGUCGCCGUGGCGAAUGGGGCGAAGAGGGAGGCAGCCGCCGCCGCCAACACCACCGCCGCCGCCGCCGCCGACGCAGAUUCUCCCAUCUCCGUCCUGGAGGAAGAGAAAAUGUCCGGAUCCAAGGAUGGGAAAGCGGGCGAGCUCAAGGCCAACGGCGGCGAGGCGCACCCCAUUGCGGAGGCGCUGAAAGCUGAAGAAGAGCUACUGAACUCCGUCAAAGACGAGACAUCGGUUGAGCCGCUGGAUGCGACUUCUCCUCUGCCUAUCGACCUCGCGGCCAAGAACGGCGACACCUCUUUAAUCACAGAGGUGAUGACGAAGGAGGAAGAGGAGAUGUAUCAGGCCCGGAUUAAGCUAGAGGAAGAAGAGGAGGCCAGAAAGAGAGAGGAGGCCGCGAGGCAGGCCUUUGACCCGAAUGCAAAGUUCAGCAAGCUGGAUGAGCUGCUGACACAGACACAGCUCUAUUCUGAAUUUCUCCUUGAGAAGAUGGAGCAGAUCACAGAUGUUAAGCCGACUGCUGUUGAAGUUAAAGAUGAAGAGGAACCCGUGGAAGAGCAAAAGAAAGGACGUGGCAGGAAGAGGAAAGCGGCGAACAAGCCACAGUACAAUGACAAGAAGGCUAAAACCGCAGUGGCAGCCAUGCUUUCAAGAUCUCGCGAAGAUCGCUCUGCUGAUGAUGACACUCUCACGGAAGAAGAAAAGUGGGAAAGAGAGCAAGCCAACCUUGUUCCAUUGUUGACUGGGGGAAAGUUGAAAUCUUACCAGAUAAAGGGUGUUAAGUGGCUAAUAUCACUGUGGCAAAAUGGGCUUAAUGGGAUACUGGCUGAUCAAAUGGGCCUUGGUAAAACAAUCCAGACAAUUGCAUUUCUUGCUCAUCUUAAAGGGAAUGGUCUGCAUGGCCCAUACAUGGUUAUUGCUCCCCUUUCCACCCUGUCAAACUGGUUGAACGAGCUAACGAGGUUUGCUCCAUCUAUAAAUGGUCUGAUUUAUCAUGGAGAUAAAGUGGCUCGGACAGAGCUAAGGAGAAAACACAUGCCUAAAAUUGUUGGUCCUGAUUUUCCAAUAAUAAUCACUUCAUAUGAGAUGGCCAUGUUUGAUGCAAAGUUUCUUGCUAAUUAUAAGUGGAAGUAUGUUGUUGUGGAUGAGGGGCAUCGGCUGAAAAAUACCAAGUGCAAAUUACUGAGGGAGUUGAGGCGCAUCCCAAUGGAUAACAAGCUUCUUUUGACUGGAACACCUCUUCAGAAUAAUCUAGCUGAGCUGUGGUCUCUAUUGAACUUCAUUUUGCCUGAUAUAUUCUCAUCCCAUGAGGAAUUUGAGUCAUGGUUUGAUUUUUCUGGGAAGGCUGAUGAGGAACUAGAGGAAGAAACUGAUGAGAAGAAAAGAGUCCUUGUUGUCUCAAAGCUUCAUUCCAUUUUGCGCCCAUUCCUUUUAAGGCGGAUGAAGGAGGAUGUAGAACACAUGCUUCCACGAAAGAAAGAGAUAAUCAUAUAUGCUAACAUGACAGAACAUCAGAAGCAAAUCCAGAGUCACUUGAUUGAGCAGACAUUUGAUGACUACUUGCAUGAGAGCGCAGAUAUUGUUUUGCGGAGGCCUGGCAUCAAGACAAAGCUAAAUAAUCUACUCAUUCAGCUGAGGAAAAAUUGUGGCCACCCUGAUCUUUUCCAUUCUGCCUUUGACUCAAACAGUCUCUACCCACCUGUUGAUAAGCUUCUGGAACAGUGUGGCAAAUUCCAGCUGUUGGACAGGUUACUGAAUGCUCUAAUAAAACGAAAUCACAAGGUCCUAAUAUUUUCGCAAUGGACAAAGAUUUUGGACAUCCUUGACUAUUAUUUGUCUGAGAAAGGCCUGAAGGUUUGCCGGAUUGAUGGUAGUGUUAAUUUGGAAGUCAGGAGGAGCCAGAUAGCAGCGUUUAAUGACUUAAACAGUGGUAUGAAUGUCUUCAUUCUCAGCACACGUGCUGGUGGGCUUGGUAUCAACCUUACUUCUGCUGAUACUUGUAUCCUGUAUGAUAGUGACUGGAAUCCUCAGAUGGAUUUGCAGGCCAUGGAUCGGUGCCACCGUAUUGGUCAAACACAGCCAGUUCAUGUUUAUCGGCUGGCGACAUCCAGUUCUGUUGAGGGACGGAUUAUCAAGAAAGCUUUUGGAAAGUUGAAGCUAGAACACGUUGUGAUUGGGAAGGGACAGUUCCAGCAAGAUGCCGCGAAGCCUAACGCCUUAGAUGAGGGGGAGCUACUGGCGCUUCUGAGGGACGAGCAGGCCGAAGAAGACAGGAUGAUCCAGACGGACAUCAGCGACGAGGACCUUCUGAAGGUGAUGGACCGCAGCGACCUCACCGGCGCGCGUGCGGCCGCCGAUGCCGCCCCGCACUUCCCCCUGAAAGGGCCUGGCUGGGAGGUCGUGGUGGCUGCCGGCGGCGGCAUGCUCUCGGCGCUCACCAGCUGA